AUGGCUGCGCCGAUCGCGGCGCCGAUUGUGGCGCCGAUUCCGGAGUUUAUUCCGUAUCAAGCGGGGGACGAGGCGGCUGUAGAGCUAACCUUCGCGUGCGGGCUGGGCGCAGGGGGGCAGGCGCGCGCGGGGGCGGGAUUAGGCGCGCAGGGACAGGCGCGCGCUGGGGGAGAGGUGGGCAGAGGUGGGUUGCCCCGCAGCCCUGUGCGCAAGUUUCGUGAGGGCGCGGGGGGGAGGGGAGCAGCGGCGCUGCAGGCGCAAGGGCAGGCGGAAGGCGAGGCGCAAGGGGCGCGCGGGGCGCAGGCAGCGGGGGGAGCGCGGGAAGAGGGUGGGGCGCGGGGAGCGGAGGGGCGGGCGGAGGGGCGGGCGGAGGGUCUUGCAAGCCUAACGUUUCAGCAAUGGGGCAAAAUCAAGGAGCGGGUUAUGGCAGGAGGGGAGGAGGCGGGGGAGGGGGAAGACGGGGGAGCGGUGGGGGAGGCGGGGGAGGGUGAGGCAGGGGGGAUGGGGGAGGUUUGGAAUGAGGAGGAGGAGGAUCGGGUGGCGGAUGCCGAAGCUGCAGCCGCGGAGCAAGCCGCGGAAAUCGCUGCCAGGGCUGAGCGGCAGGCUCGGAUACAGAGGCUGCUGCUGGAGGUGAACCUUCCGCGCCUGGCGCAGUGGGGGGGGAUGGGGGGGGCGGAGCUCAGCAGUGGCGCGGGGAAGGCCCUUGCUAGCAGCGCGCCUGGGGGGUUUUUUCUGGGGGAAAAGGGGACAGGGGGAGGCGGAGGGGGGUACAGCUCUGGAAGCGGGUCGUCUGGUGUGAGUAGCAGUAGCAGCAUAGAGGGGAGCGGGGGCAGUGGGGGAGGCAGUGGGGGAGGGGGCAGUGGGGGUGGCAGGGCAAAGGGGGAGAGCUUGUCUGUGCCUGUCACUCCGGCAGGAGCCUCUCGUUUUGACACUGUGUCCAACACUGUCGUGGUUGUGAGGCGUGUAAAGAGUUGUGUCCACUUUGACUCUCCCCACCUCCCCCUGCCUGUAGCCCUUAGUUCUGCCACAGCCUCUAGAGCUCGUCUCAACGCCAACAUCCGACACUGCUUUGAGUCGACUCAAUUGUUGUCUUUUAAGCCACUCAACUCUCCCCUUCCUCCGCCUGUAGGCCUAAGCUAUGCCGCAGCCUAUAAGCUCGUUUCAACGCCGCUGCAUCCGAACUGGGAUUCGAGUGGAAUCAAGAAUGGCUUUUUAGACUUUCCUCUACCCCGACCAGUAGCCCUUAAUUCUGCUACGGCCUCAAGCACUCAUCUCAGUGCUGCUACACCUGGCACCGAGUUUUGA